GGUAUUAUUUUCAACAUGGCGCCCAGCCUAGUUCAGAGUGUGUGUGUGUGAAAGUGCAGUGAAAUUAUGUUAAUAUCAAUUGUUUAUAGUGAUAAAUUUAGUGUAUAAGUGAAGAGAGUGUGCAUUAAUGCAGCGGUUAUCUUAUCAUGGCUUUGGAUUUACGCUUGCACUCCCCUGCAGGCGCGGAACCUGUUGUUUAUACAUGGCCCCUCACAUCGGGUCAUGGCUCGGACAAACACGAUGGAGCUUUAGAAAUUGUAGAAACAAUAAGGUGGGUCUGCGACGACUUGCCGGAGAUGAAAGGUGCAUUGGAGAAGAACAUUCUAAGCGAUUACGACACCCACUCAUACGAAAGUAUGAGAGCGCUCUGCGAUCGCUUCAACCGCGCCAUCGACUCCGUUGUCGCUCUGGAAAAGGGUACUUCAUUACCAGCACAACGUUUGAACAAAUAUCCGUCGAAAGGUCUACUAAAACACAUACUGCAGCAAACAUACAAUCAAGCAGUGUCAGAUCCUGACAAAUUGAACCAGUAUGAACCUUUUUCGCCGGAGGUGUACGGUGAGACGUCGUAUGAGCUGGUGUGCCAGAUGAUCGAGCAGAUCGACAUCACGGCGGAGGAUGUGUUCGUGGACCUGGGCUCGGGCGUGGGGCAGGUGGUGUUACAAGUAGCCGCCGCCACACCCUGCAGGAUAUGCUUCGGAGUAGAGAAAGCUGAAGUGCCCAGCAGAUAUGCAUCGAGUAUGGAUAAUUAUUUUAGAACGUGGAUGAGGUGGUACGGCAAGAAGUUUGGGGAGUACAAGCUGAUAAAAGGCGAUUUUCUCAUGGACGAGCACAGAGAGAAAAUCAACUCCGCCACCAUUGUGUUCGUGAACAACUUCGCCUUCGGGCCGCACGUGGACCACCAGCUCAAGGAGCGGUUCGCCGACCUGAAGGACGGAGCCAAGAUCGUGUCGUCCAAGAGCUUCUGUCCUCUCAACUUUAGGAUAACCGACAGGAACCUGAGUGACAUUGGGACCAUCAUGCACGUGAGCGAGAUGUCGCCGCUCAAAGGCUCCGUCUCGUGGACGGGCAAACCAGUAUCUUACUACUUACACAUAAUAGAUAGGACCAAAUUGGAGAGAUACUUUCAAAGACUGAAAAACCCGAAACUCAAGGUCAGCAGAAGGGGCUGCCACAACGGCGACGAGGCGGAGGGCAAGCGCAACGUGAGCGCGCCGCCCACGCGCCAGCCCACGCCCGACCUGCUCAACGGGAACAGCAACCACAGCACCGGCAGCCUGCCCGAGCGCCGCAAGCUAUCUAGGGCCAGGCCCGUGAGGGGUGAAGGCGGCCGCACGCGGGCGCGCGCGGCGGCGGCGGCCAAGCGGCGCGCGGUGCAGCGCUCCAGCGACGAGAGCGAGGAGGAGUCCAGCGAGACAGACGAGCCGCCUGGCCCAGAGCCCGCGCCGCGCGAGUGGGGCGCGCCAUGGGCCUCCUCGCCGCACUCCAACCGCAGCCGGCGCGCGACCAACAAGCGCAGCGCGAGCGCGGGCGGCGUGCGGCGGCGCGCGGCGCGCACCAAGCGGCGCCGCAACGCGCCCGCCGCCAUCGCCGGCCUCGACCUGCUGCACUCCACCACGCUCGCCUCCACGCUGCACAACGGCGCCGUGACAGCGCCGCCGCCGGGUUGCGUGGAGCAGCGGCUGUCGGCGCUGGGCGUGGCGCUGCAACCGGCCGAGCGCCUGCACUCGGAGCUGGACAUCCCGCGCGCGCCGCACGCGCCCUACAGCCUGCAGCUGCUGCUAGACAUGUUCCGCGACCAGUACCUGGCGCUGCUGCGCCGCAUGGCCGCGCCCGACUACGCCGCCGACGUGCGCCACCAGAUCGACAAGGAGAAGGAAAGAAAUCAGAAAUUAAAAUCGCGAGCAUCACAACUGGACAAACAGAUCAACGUGCUGAUCAGCGACAGCGUGGCCCUGCUGAAGGCACGUAUGAGCGAGCUCGGCAUCCACGCCAACAACACUGUCGACCUGCUGGCCAAGGCCAAGGAGAUCGUGGGCCGCCACAAGGAGCUGCAGAGCAAGGCCAGCAAACUGCAGGCGCAGGUGAAUAGCAUAGAAGCCGAACAGGCGAUGUUGGUGAAGCAGCGGACUUUUGAAAUAACCGAAAAGUAUAGACAAAUGGGGCACAUACCGCCGGACGCGGAGAUCACGCAGAGUAUAGCUCACGAUUGUAUUUUAAGGGAGAUAUCGGCGACGUUGGCGCACCGGAAGCGGCUGCACGCGCAAGUGGGGCACCUGCAGAACGAGAUCAUACAGAUGGGGCGGGCGAGCGAGCAGAAGGCGGCCGCCCCGACGGUGCCGGUGGCGACGGUGAAGCCGCACACGGUCAACAACAAGCCGCGGAAGGCGCGGGAGCACCGCUCGCGCUCGCAGGAGUGGCCCGACGUGCCCGACGUGGGCAAGAUCGAGGAGCAGAACCCGGAACUGUUGGCGCAGAAGAUCUUGGAGACGGGCCGCCAGAUUGAGGCCGGCAAGAUCGCCAAGCCCAACGUGAUCGUCAAUGGCUACCCGCGCGAGCCGGACCGCCACUUGGACCACAGAUCAAAGACAAUGCAAGUACAUCGCGCGCAAGUGCAGGCGCAACGCUGCCAGCUGCCGCUGCAGCGCCUGUCGCCGGGCAUGGCGCAGAAGCCGCUGAACGUAGUCUCCAAGGUGCAGGAGUCGCCUAAAGUCAUCAACUUCGAGGACAGGCUCAAGAGCAUCAUCACGUCCGUGCUCAACGAGGAUCAGGAGCAGCGGAAAGCGUCGCGGCUAGAGCAGCCGCGACAACCCGUGACAAAUCACACAUACGCGAACGGCUACGUGCGGCCGGCUGCGAUAGCGGGCGCCUCGCACAACGCGUUCGCGCCGCGCCCCUCCGUCGCGUCCGCGCCCGCCUCGCCCUUUCUGCGCAACGUGCGCGACGUGCGCGAGCCGCGCGACGUGCGGGAGCUGCGCGACGUGCGCGAGCUGCGGGACCUGCGGGAGAUGCGCGACGUGCGGCGCGAGCGCUUCGGCUUCGAGCGCCGGGAGCUGCGCGCGCACGCCCUCGAGCAGCGCGCGCCCGACCCCCGCCACCACCACGUGGCGCAGCCGGACUACACGCAGGUAUCACCGGCAAAACUGGCGCUCCGUCGACACUUAUCACAAGAGAGGCUGGCGACGCCGGGCGCGCGCACCAUCGGUGACCUCGUUAACGGCGAGAUCGAGCGCACGCUGGAGAUAUCGAACCAGAGCAUCAUCAACGCCACCGUGAACAUGAGCGCGCGCUACCACGAGCCGCCGCACCAGCCGCUGGAGGGUCUGGCGGCGUGCCUGCAGGCGCGCGUGCUGGCGUCCGAGUACUGGCGCGGGCGUGCGGGCGGCGCGGCGCCGGAUGGCGAGGAGGGCCGCACGCCGUCCGCCGACCCGCACUCCAACUCCUCCACGCCGCUCGUCGACGAGUUCCACGACGCCGCCAGGCCGCCAGAAGGCGAGGGCGGCGAGGAGGUCGAGGAGAGCAAGUGGCAGGACCGGAUAGCGUUUCGCUUCGACCAGAUAAUAUCGUUCGCGUCCACCGCCAUGGAGGACAAGCGGCGGCGCUCGGACGAGGCGUGCAACACGUCGCCCGACUCGGGCAUCGGGCACGGCGAGGCGGCGCGCGCGGGCGAGGCGGCCGGGCCCGCGCCGCCCGCCGCCGCCGCGCGCUCGCCGUCGCCGCAGGCGGCGCACCACUUCAAGAAGCGCUUCUUCCGGCGCGAGCGCUGGGGCGCGUGGAGCGGCGCGCCGCCGCCCGCGCCCGUGGACUGGGAGCGCCCGCCGAUGUGACGCGCGCGCUUCUAGCGCUGCUCAGAGUGCCACUUCUCGCACCCGCGCCCAGCGCCGCCGACACUGCCGCCGGAUGUUGAUUAUUAUUGAUUUUGUUAUUUUUUUUUCGAAUAUAUAAUGUAAUUAUGUAUAUUAAUGAGUUUAUUUUACGUUUAAGGAUUGUAAUUAUUUAACAUUAGAGUUUACGGCGGGUCUCCAGGAUGUCGAUCGCGCCGCGACGGAUUUGUAUUUCAUGUGUUCAUUUAGCUGUUAGUGUUCGAAAUACAUGAUUCGGUAACUUAGGGGCGAUUCGUUCUCGUGUCGAGCGUACGUUCGAUGGAUGUUUGUUGUUUUUGUGUUUUUUUUUUGAUGUUUGAGUGUUCAGACUGAAUAAUGUCAAUCAUUUCUUUGAAAAGCCUAGCUCGUGUGAUGAAACGAAAAAUGUAAAUAUAAAAAAUUAGAAAAUUAAAUUUGGACAUAACCGCUGCCUUAAUGAUACAUUUCUGUUGUAACAAAAUAAUUUGUAUGUUGACAACUUUCAGCAAUAUAGUUAAUUGUAAUGUAAUUAAAUAAGCGUCGUACAGAUUGAUUUCUAUCGAAGUGUUCACUUAAUUAGUAAUAUGUGAUAAUUAAAUGAUUUGUAGUACUUGAAAACAACAUGGUACUUGUGAAUCACUAAAGACUUGAAGUAACUGUUAUUUAUUUUUUACAUAUAUUUUGGCAAAAAUGAUUGAUGAUUGAUUGAAUGAUUUCUAAUAUUUUUUAUUAAUAUAACCAACCAAAAGGUAGAGGCGCACAUUUCGAAUUCUAAUCUUUGUAAACCAAAACAGUUCUUCAUCUUCUUCUUCAGUCUUCCUUGACGUGUACAUAUCUACAUUUAUGAACAUGAAUUUUUUUUUAUUCUUUUAUUUAAUGACAUUGGAAUUUUGAUUACUUAUUAAUCAUCAAGUUCUAUCUAAUAACAAAUGUGACAUAUCUUUUGCAGCAAAUAAUGUAUUGAUAAGUUACUAAAUAUCACAUAAUAAAAAAAGAAAACUUUUGAAACAUAAAGGAAGGAUAUUUCCGUCAUCUAAUUUAUGUAUUUAUUACUAAUAUAAAUCCACAAAAUGGUUCAUUGAAAACUUUUGAUGAUUAGUUUAAUAUGGUGCAAUUUAUAAAUAAAAAAAUAAUCAUUUGAUGCAAUAAAUAUGAACUUUUGUUGAUUGCUCUAUGUUUAGACUGCAUUUUGGUGCAUACCAUUUUAUUUUAAAGCUUUGAAUAUAUCAAUAUCUUGUGUGCAAUAAAUGUUUACAUUUUACUAUAAUAUUAUAAAUGCGAAAGUACGUCUGUCACAUUUUCACGGUUAAACGGCUA